AUAUAAAACAUUGGCUAUAUACAUCACAAAUUAUUAGCAUUUUUGUAGAAGACAGGUUUUCUCCAGUUCAUGGAUUAUGGGCUUUCUGAGCAGAGUUUGAAGCUUUCCAGAUGCUGUCGAGGGUUGCUAUGUAAAUAGGCUACUAUUUUUACUAUUCAAAAUAUAAAUGUUUCGACGGCAUUUUCAUAUGUUUCAAAAGCUAAAAAUAAGUUAUAUUGGACGUGUGUGUUAUUAAAUUCAGGUAGGGUGCGCUAAAUAUGAACGUGAGGUAACAGCUCGUGCAUAGGUCGAUCUUGAUUAUGCAUUUUAAAAUAUCAGAUGUAAUCACAGAAACAUUAUGUUUUGUUAAAAAUGCCUUUAAGAUGUUUAACGGCUUGUUGUACUAGACGUGAAAAAUUACUAUUUAAGAUGCACAAGAAGAAUAUGCUGGUGUCGCCAGAUACGUCGACUGGAAAGGAAUAUUAUGCAAAAUAUUAUUUUACCUUAAACACAAUUUAAAAAAAAACAAAAACAAUAAAAGCCACACUUGAGUGAACAUGCAAUCCAACGCUGAAAAAAAAAACGGUAUGUGAUAAUUGUUAACAAGUACGGAUGCGCAAUACCGACAGCCCCCGGUAGAGGGAGUGGAUGUGACGACACACAGAGAGAGACUCAGUGGUACCCCAGGACCGAUGACCAUUUGGACCUUUUGCCUAUGAACACGUCCAUCCUCUUACGCGAGGAAAGGUGCUGGACCGUGUCAUUUACAGACAUGAUAUCUCACAGUCACAGUGGCCCCAGCAACAGCUCGUGUUUGUGAUCGCUGAAGAAGGCGCGAGUGUUUCUUUAAGAGCCAGCACCUUUACAUCGAGAGGGAGGGGGAGAGAGAGAGAGAGAGGGAGAGAGAGACUGGGGCUCUCUGUGGAUAGAUAGGUGUAACGUUUGCUCGCUCGGUGCCGUCGUUACAUGUGUGAGAAAGAGGGAAGGGGGGAGGCAAUAACUGGGCACCCGAAAGCGCUGCGCUCCGAUGGGGUCGACGGGGAUGAAAUGAUGCUGAUGAUGAGGAUGAUGUCUAGCGUUUACUCUCGACGAUGACAACGCUCUCCUUUACUUGAAGUUCAAACCCAUUGGGUAGAAGACUUUCCUCCAUGCCCACUCUUCCUUUUACCCAAUCCAGUCCCUGCGACCCAGCGACUUUCCCCUCCUGCUUUCUCCUGCCACUGUUGUCCCACCUGAGACCACGUCCUGCUGCUCCUCCCAAACGCACCCGAGCCAAGGAUUUUGAACAGCACAUACUAAGAGCCAAUCAGGAGCCUUGAAGCCAUUCAGGAAAUAGCAACACAACUCAUGAAUCUACCUGAGCACUGAGGAAAAAAUAAAGGAAAGAAAGCUGUGGAUGAUUAACUCAUUGUCAAGAAGACAACGCAGAUAAACUGGCAGUACGUGUCUACCCUUGAAGAAGAGCACAGCGAUUAGGAGUUUCCACCAAGAAAGCUUGAAUAGUGGGUGAAUUCAAACAGACACAUUUACUGAUGGACAGGACAUAGAGGAAAAGAAACUGCACGCAUAAUAUAGCAUACCUGCAAUACUCACAGUCCCACACACAUUACAGACUGUUAAGGCACAUCUACACAUCCUAGACAUCCACAUAUGAAUGACAAGUUGUUUAUCUCUUUGCCGUAGGCUCUCAGGCACACAAACACCAUCAGAUUCACGGUCCCACACUGUGAUUCUCGCAAGUUCCUCUUUGCAAACUUGUAGGGCCAAGACAUUCACACACUCGCCCUUAAACUCUCGCACCUGUUCACGGCCUCAAGAUGAUGUGUGAGGUGAUGCCCACCAUCUCAGAGGACGGCCGGGGUGGUGGAGGAGGCCCGUCCUCUCCUGCUGGAGGUGGUGGGGGUAUGGUGGGCGGCGCAGGGGGCAUGGGUGGUGGCUAUGGGGGUCGGGAGGCCCGCGGUGGAGAUGAGGGCGGGAGCACUGGAAAUCUGGAGUCUCUGAUGGUAAACAUGCUGACGGAGCGAGAGCGGCUGCUAGAGAGUCUCAGAGAGACCCAGGAUAGUCUCGGCACGGCACAGCUACGUCUGCGAGAGCUGGGUCACGAGAAGGACUCGCUACAGAGACAACUCUCCAUCGCACUGCCUCAGGAGUUUGCGGUGUUGACCAAAGAGCUGAAUGUAUGUCGGGAGCAGCUGCUGGAGAGAGAAGAGGAGAUUGCUGAGCUCAAGGCGGAGAGGAACAAUACACGGCUGCUGCUGGAGCACCUGGAGUGUCUGGUGUCUCGUCAUGAGCGCUCUCUGAGGAUGACUGUGGUGAAGAGGCAGGCUCAGUCUCCUGCUGGAGUCUCCAGCGAGGUGGAGGUGCUCAAGGCCCUCAAGUCCCUAUUCGAACACCAUAAAGCCCUGGACGAAAAGGUGCGUGAGAGAUUGCGUGUGGCUUUAGAGAGAGUUUCUGUUCUAGAAGAAGAGCUGGAAGCGUCCACAAAUGAGGUUCUGUCUUUACGGGAUCAGAUUAAAAGGAGAGAGCGGGGUUUGGACAAUGGAAAGGAGCGUCUCCCGAAUGGCCCCUCCUCCAUCUUGGAUGAUGGCGAGAUUGACAGACAGAGAGAGGGAGAGAUCGAGAGACAGAGAGGAGAGCUUUCACAGUUAAAAGAAAGACUGGCACUCAUGUGCAGACAGGUUAGUGUUGCACUGCUGCCUGUAGAGCAGGCAUUUUAAGGAAUCGUUGGCACACUCUCAACAAGGCAAGUUGAU